AUGAUUGCAGAUAAGUUGAUUGCACCCAUUAUCAGAACGGUCAUGUUCAUUGCAGGGAUCCUGGGAAACAACUGGCUGGCGAUUACCUCCCUUCCCAAGAGGAAAUCUGAAAUCCGUACCAAUGAGAUCCUGUUCAUCAACCUAGCUGUGUCCAACCUCAUUACCAACUAUCUGGUGGACAUCCCUGACACAAUGACAGGCAUUGCUGGCCGAUGGUUUUUGGGGGCGACCUUCUGCGCCAUCAUUCGCUUUUGCGCAGACCUCUCAGAAACCAGCAGCCUCUUCACGACCCUCGUCAUCUGCACCUUUUGGCACCAGAAGCUGGUUGGUUCUCUCAAGCGUGGAGGCGCACCAGUGCAGCUGGACAACCUGCGCCUGGUGGGCUGUCUGCUGGCCGGGACCUGGACACUGUCAAUUGUCUUCAGCAUGCCUCAAUUCUUCCUCAUCUCAUUAGAGCAGAUGAAUGAGAGUCAUGAAGACUGUACAGAUGUCUUUCCUGAUGAAAUUUUCAGGAAAACAUUUGAGGUCUUUUUUUUGACUCUGGCUAAUGCUUUGCCUGUUGCAGGGAUCAUGGUUGCAAGCAUCCAGAUUGUUGUAACUUUGCUUCAAAACCAGAAGCGCAUACAAAGCCAUUCAUCUGAUCCAGCAAAGGGGAAAGUUAAAGAAGAAAACCCAGAAAGGUCGACCAGCAGUGCUUCUGCUGAAGACCCCUGUAAAGACCUUAAAGAUCUUUCUUCACCAACUCACUCAGGUACAACUAAGCAUGUUUCGUCUAGUCUAAAUGGAGGGCUGCUGGUUAGGACUCCACAGAGUCCCUUAGCCAACAAAACAGACAGCAGAGCAGAAGCUCGACCAAACCUUUCAAGGCCCAGCCAGAUACCUUCUAAGCAGAGUACCAACACAAGCUCUCAUGUGAGGGCAGCAAAGAGUGUGGUGGCUGUGGCCACUGUAGUCCUUAUCUGUUGGGUGACUCACCUACUUCUGCGCAUCAUCAAUAGCAUCCACACUUCAUCACUGAUGAUGGAGCUGGCCAGUUAUAUCGGAGCCUCCUACACCUGCAUCAUUCCUUAUAUAUUUCUGCAUGGAGUGAAAAAACUUUCUUGCUUAUGUCAAAUGUAG